AUGUCGCUCCUCACUUUCAGAUCGCCCGUCGACUAUGUGCACCACCAAAACGCGUUUGAGGAAUUCCUUUCCACCUUCAAGACCUCGCCGAAGUCUGAGCUUGCGGGCGCGCUGCAUGAUAUGAACAUUGACGAGGAUGAUUUCAGCGACGAUUACGACUUGAUGGAUGAUGAUGACGACGACGAGGGACAAAAUGCGCGCAGACAAACACGGGCCAAGGCACAAACUCCGAGAUUGAAGUAUAUGGAGAUUCUCCAAAAGAUUGCAGACCGAGACGAGGAGGAAAUCACAAUUGAUCUUGAUGAUUUAGCAGAGGCAAGGAAUGGAUUAAACCUGGUUUCUUCGAUUGAAAUUAAUGCUAAGCAUUAUCUCGAUAUCAUGUCAAAGGCAGUGGAUAAGGUUAUGCCUGAUGUCACGAGAGAUGUCACCUACAAGGAUGACGUUCUAGACGUUCUCAUGGCCCAACGAACCUAUCGAAACAGGUUACUCGAGCUAGCUGCCGCUGAUCAGGCCGAAGCGAUUAUGGAACAAGAGCUGUUCCCUGCCGAAUUGACCCGCAGAUAUACCCUCAACUUCAAACCCAGAGUGAACGUCGGAGAGCCUCUGAAGGCAUUGGCAGUCCGACAAGUACGAGGAGAGCAUCUUGGAGCUUUGAUCACUGUCCGAGGUAUCACGACAAGAGUGUCGGAUGUCAAGCCAACUGUGGAGGUCAAUGCAUACACUUGCGAUCGCUGUGGCUGUGAAAUCUUCCAACCUGUUGGAACCAAAACAUACGGACCUCUGACUGAAUGUCCUUCUCAAGACUGCAAGACGAACCAAACCAAGGGACAGCUCCACCACUCCACCCGCGCCUCGAAAUUCCAACCGUUCCAGGAGGUCAAGAUCCAAGAAAUGGCCGAGCAGGUGCCAGUCGGUCACAUCCCGAGAAUGCUGACCGUGCUAUGCCACGGUGCUCUUGUCCGCCGCAUCAACCCUGGAGAUGUUGUCGAUAUUGCUGGUAUUUUCUUGCCAACCCCAUACACUGGAUUCAAGGCCAUUCGAGCUGGUCUUUUGACAGAUACUUUCCUUGAGGCGCAACACGUAACCCAACACAAGAAGGCCUAUGAGGACUUGGCUUUGGAUAACCGAGUUUUUAAGCGAAUUGAACAAUACCGGGCAUCUGGCCAUGUUUACGAGUACCUGGCGAAGUCGAUUGCACCUGAGAUCUACGGUCAUUUGGAUGUAAAGAAGGCUUUGCUAUUACUUCUCGUCGGAGGUGUCACCAAGUCAAUGGGAGACGGUAUGCGCAUUCGAGGAGACAUCAACAUUUGCUUGAUGGGAGACCCUGGUGUGGCAAAAUCCCAACUGUUGAAGUACAUUACCAAAGUUGCUCCUCGUGGAGUUUACACAACCGGUCGUGGAAGCAGUGGUGUCGGUCUCACCGCAGCUGUUAUGAAGGACCCUGUUACCGAUGAGAUGAUCUUGGAGGGCGGUGCUCUAGUACUGGCAGACAACGGUAUCUGCUGCAUCGAUGAAUUUGACAAGAUGGACGACACUGAUAGAACCGCCAUUCACGAAGUCAUGGAACAACAGACUAUAUCUAUCUCAAAGGCCGGAAUUUCAACGACUCUCAACGCUCGAACCUCGAUUCUUGCAGCUGCCAAUCCUCUCUACGGCCGCUACAACCCUCGUAUAUCUCCAGUCGAGAAUAUCAACUUGCCAGCAGCUCUCCUCUCCCGUUUCGAUGUUCUUUUCUUAAUUCUCGAUACACCUACAAGAGAUACUGAUGCACUCCUCGCUCGCCAUGUCACUUUCGUCCACAUGAACAACAAACAUCCAGACACAGAUGGCGUUGUCUUUACUCCCCACGAGGUCCGCCAAUACGUUGCUCAAGCCCGGACUUUCCGCCCAGUCGUACCAACACCAGUCUCAGAAUACAUGGUCAAGGCUUACGUCAAGAUGCGAGAACAGCAAUCCCGAGACGAGAAGAACAAGAAGCAAUUCACCCACACAUCUCCGCGUACACUUCUCGGUAUAUUGCGUCUUGCUCAAGCUCUUGCCCGUUUACGAUUCAGCGAGGAAGUUGUUCAAGACGACGUGGACGAGGCUCUGCGAUUGAUCGAAGCUAGCAAGGAAUCCUUGUACCAGGAUCAAGGUGGCUUUGGCCGAGACAUGAGCCCCAGCUCCAGAAUCUACAACAUGGUUCGUGCGCUUGCUGAGAGUGGACAAUGCAGACCCGAUGAUGCCGAUGAGGGGGACGAUGAGUUGGGUAUGGAGCUGAGCAUGAGAAAGGUAGAGGAGAGAGUCAUCGCCAAGGGAUUUACAAGGGACCAAUGGCAGACAGCUGUUAUGGAAUACGCCAACCUAGACAUUUGGCAAACUGCUGGCAGCGGUACCCGUCUCAUUUUCAUUGUUUCGGAGGCUGCUCAUAUGGCUCGCGACGCGGAGUACGAAAUGGAAUAA